GGCGUUGAGCGGAUCGAGGAGAGGAAGUGAAUUACAAUGUAACCGAAGUUUUAAUUUUAGUUAUUUUAGUUAAAUUAAAGAAUAAAAAUGAGUGCCAGUAAUACAGAAAACAAACCUCAACAGAGUAGUUAUACAGUUAGUGCACAGACGCAGCUUCCAUGGGGUGCAAGGAAAGAAAGGCAGCCAUUUCCUUCAGGAAUAAACAUAGAUACAGAAGUUAAACCUGGAGAAUUUGUUUUAAGGACUCUUUUUGCCGAAUUUACAGUCCAGGCCGAAAAGAAAAUCGAUCUAGUUCUUGCUGAGCAACUAGAGAGGCCAUUGUCCAAAUCCCUACAGAGAGGAGAGGAUCCCCUCUUCGACCAACUUCUCAGUGCAUUUGGUUCCGCUUCCGAACACUGUCUACCUUCUCUGUUGAGAACUCUCUUUGCCUGGUAUGACAGACAGGGUAUCGACUCGAGCAACCAGGAGCAGAAGCUUCGUUCCGACUCCAAAUCUAAAGGAGAAAUGAUGGAGAGAACGGAAAGAGAUUAUCUACACGAACGGAGAGACUUGGCUGUCGAGUUUAUAUUCUGUUUGGUUUUGAUAGAAGUUUUGAAACAGUUGCCCGUUCAUCCGGGUCAUGACGAUUUAGUAAAUCACAUUGAAAACUUAGCAUUUAAGCACUUUAAAUUUAGAGAAGGGGCACAGACCGGUCCUAAUGUACAAAAUGUCAACAUUAUUGCGGAUUUAUACGCUGAAGUGAUCGGAGUCCUCGCUCAGUCCAGAUUUCAGUCGGUCAGGAAACGUUUUAUGGCCGAAUUAAAAGAACUGAGAAAUAAAGAACCCAGCCCGAUUAUCACUCAUAGUACCAUUAGUUUAUUAAUGGGUAUGAAAUUUUUUAGAGUUAAAAUGGUUCCUAUUGAAGAAUUUGAAGCAUCUUUCCAGUUCAUGCAAGAAUGUGCAACAUACUUCUUAGAAGUUAAAGAUAAGGAUAUUAAACAUGCAUUAGCUGGACUUUUUGUAGAAAUAUUAGUUCCUGUUGCAGCUACGGUCAAGAACGAAGUGAAUGUCCCUUGUUUAAAGACCUUUGUUGAAAUGUUGUAUUCACAGACUUUGGAUCUGUGCACAAAGAAAAAACAUAGUUUGGCUUUGUUCCCACUUGUUACAUGCUUAUUGUGUGUCAGUCAAAAAUCAUUUUUUCUUCAGAACUGGCAUUACUUCUUAGCUAUGUGUCUGUCUCAUUUAAAAAAUAGAGAUCCAAAGAUGUGCAGAGUGGCUUUGGAAUCUUUAUAUCGCCUGUUGUGGGUUUACAUGAUUCGUAUCAAAUGCGAGAGCAACACGGCCACUCAGAGUAGAUUGCAGAGUAUUGUUAACUCUCUGUUUCCCAAAGGAUCCAAAGCUGUUGUUCCGAGGGACACGCCAUUAAAUAUAUUUGUAAAAAUUAUCCAAUUUAUUGCUCAAGAAAGACUUGAUUUUGCAAUGAAAGAAAUUGUUUUUGAUCUGUUAUCAGUAGGACGUCCCAUCAAAAUUAUUCUAACGCCAGAAAGAAUGAGUAUUGGUUUAAGAGCUUUUCUUGUUGUUGCUGAUAGUCUUCAACAAAAAGAAGGUGAUCCUCCUAUGCCUCGAACUGUGGGUGUGCUGCCGUCUGGAAAUACUCUCCGUGUCAAAAAAACAUUUUUAAAUAAAAUGUUAACUGAAGAAACAGCAAGAACAAUUGGUAUGUCCCAAUAUUAUGUAUAUGUUAGGAAAGCAUUUGAUGAUAUAUUAAAAGCACUUGAUGUUCAGUUUGGACGACCACUAAUGAUGACGACUGUGCAAAACAUAAAUAAAGAACCUGACGAUAUGAUUACUGGUGAGCGUAAACCAAAAAUAGAUUUAUUCCGUACGUGUGUUGCUGCAAUUCCUCGUCUCAUUCCUGAUGGAAUGAGUCGUCAAGAUUUGGUCGAUUUGUUAUCUCGUCUAACUGUUCACAUGGACGAGGAAUUGAGAGGUUUAGCAUUCCAAUCACUUCAGAACACAACACUAGAUUUCCCUGAAUGGAGAGAAGAUGUAAUACAUGGAUUUUUACAAUUUAUGUUGCGUGAAGUAAAUGAUACAUUUCCGCAGUUGUUAGACAAUGCAUUAAGGAUGCUACUACAAUUUCUUACAAAUUGGAAAAAUGCUCUUCAAAAUCCAUCUCAUAAUUCACUGAAGAAAGAAUCUCGUGAACAAGGAAAACUUGAAUAUUCAAUAAAUGUGUUGAGGUUAGUUGAAGCCAUUGCACUUGUAAUUUUGUGUAGUUGUCGUCUUCCACCUAGACGUUUAUCAAUUCACAUUUUAAAAGAGGCCAAAUUAGUUCUGAAAUAUAUUGCAUCAGCCAAAGAUAUUGAAGAACCAGUUAUUGAUGUCAUAGAUCGUGCCUGUCCAAAUAUUGUUAAUAAAUGCUUACCAUAUCUUCCACCUGGAGAAAAGGCUGCAAUAGCAUCCGCAUCUAAUAUUGAUCUCCAAUGGCUUGCAGAGAGAAGUAGUGCUGCUUGGACAUCAGGAUUUCAUGAAACAUGUGAAGGCACGACUAAAGUUGUUGGCAGUUGUUCAGAAAUUUCUGAUGGAUCAGCUGUAGAUGCAUGGUGUGUUUGUUUAAUGGGAUUUCUUGAUAGUGAAUGCGUAUUGAAACACUGUCCCACAGCAGUUGCACAGUCAUGGCCUAUAGUAUAUUCCCGAAUUACAACUCUUUUUAACUAUCUUGACUUAAAUCCAGUGAAUGAUAAUCGAGCUUCGCUCUUAAGACCAACAGCAGUAAAGAAAGCACCCAAUGAAAGAGAUCUCCAUCUUAGUUUAUGGCGCAACUAUUUAAUGUUUGCUUGUCGAGUUGCACCUCCAAAUUCAGUCAUUUCAAUUCGUUACAUAUCUCCCGAAUUAAGUUUAAGUUCUUCUCCAGAUAGUAUUAGUUCUGAUCGAUCAGAUAGUCGAUCUCCAAAUAGUGGAGGUGUUCAUGCCUGUAAUCUAUUUAAACAGAUUGUACCACUUUUAAGAAGUGAACAAGCAGAUCUUAGAGACUCGGUUGUGAUUGGUCUAUCUCAUGUUAAUCCACAAGCCAUUAAAGAUCUAAUGGAAGAGCUAGUUGUUUAUAUUAGAGAGGCAAUAGAUAGGAAACAAGAAAACAUGAGAAGACGAAGAAGAAGAGAUGUUUUGAGAGUUCAAUUAGCUAGAGUUUUAGAGCUUAUAGCUAAGCAAGGUACUUUUGGCAUUAGUCCAAGUGUUUUAGAUCGUGAUGCUAGUUCCCUUAACACUACAUUUGUAGAAUACAUUGAUGGAGCCCGAUUAUAUUUAGAAACUGAAAAUGACAAAGAUGUUCCUAGUAUUGUACAGGAAAUCAAGCAACAUUUUUGUGAAUUUAUACAUUCUCUGAUAAAAAGUUUUCCAUUAGAAUCUCGUUAUAAUCUUCUGGGAAGAGAUUUACGAAGAAAUCUCUUUUAUCUCUUUGCAAGUUGGAGUGGGAAAUUUGGAUCUCAUUUUGAUGUUGUUGAUAGAAAAUCUAUAAAAGAAGAGCCAUGUUCUGAUUUUGAAUUUUCUGCUCUUCAAGCUAUGUCGGCUACAUUAUGUUGUGGUCCUUCCUUUGAUCCGCUUGGAUUGAUCGAAGAAAGUUCUAUGUAUUCAUGGCUAAAUAGUCUUUUAAGUUGUCCCGAAGAAAAAAUAUAUAGAUUAGGACAGGAAACUGUUGUUCUUUUAUUAGAAUUCAAUCCAGAUGUAGGCUCUCUCUUAGAUUGGUUAGUUGACUGUUGUUAUACGGGAGAAAUCCAGAUGGCCGAUGGCUGUUUUAAUGCAUUGGCAACAAUUUUCAGUAUCAGAGAAUAUCCAUGUGAUCAUUAUAUGGCAAUUAUAAAUGUAACUUUAUUAAAUGCAGGUUGUCCAAGAGCAAAUAUACAAGAAACUGCACUUCAGUUACUUCAAGUUCUAGAUCAUAGAUUCUUUGGAAAUGUUGCUUCUCUUCAGAUUGAUUCUGAAGGUGAUCAGGGUAGUAUGGUUGUAUUGAGGAAAAAAAUGUCUGGAAUGCCUGAAAAUGUUUUAAUUUCAGGUUAUCCAUGCUCACAAAUACAGUUAUCUCAACAAAUGUCACAACUUCAUCCGGAACUCACGAUGCCUAUAUUUUCAGAAAUUACAAACCGCUUACAGACUGCAAGACCUUCUGUCAGACAGAAUCUUUUGCAGUAUCUUUUACCUUGGCUUCAUAAUAUGGAACUCGUUGAUCCUAAUAUAACUCAGAUUAAUCCACUCACCCAUCUUGGACGAAUUCAGGAAUUCUGUGGAGAAGAUACGUGUCCUCCCGCACAGUUAGAAAGACGGGAAGGAUGGGGUUCGGCUGAAGCUACCGAAAUGGUUUUGAAUAAUCUUUUUUAUAUAACUGUUAAAUUUGGAGAAGAAAAUCCAAAAGAAAUAGAGCAGCUGUGGGCAUCUCUUUGCAGCUGCUGGCCAAAUAAUUUGAAAGUUAUCAUUAGAUAUUUAUUCAUAAUCACUGGUCUUGCACCAAAUGAAUUACUUACCUAUGCCAAAAGAGUAGUAUUAUAUAUGGCACGAUCGUGUCCAGAACGUCUGCUUGACGAAAUGAUGGCAGAUAUGCAAACUGUCGAAACUCUUAAUUGUCUCAUUGAACGAACUGAGACUCCACCUUUCUUCAGGGUUACUAGUGUUAGAAAAGGUAGUAGCCAUUCAGAUGACGGUGGUUCAAACAGUACUCAUACUGAUGCUCCACGAGGAGAACUAACUUUAGAAAGAGGAACUUUGCACACAAAACGUCAUAGCACAGAAAGUGGAUGUGAAAAAGACAGCCAGAUUAAGGAUGAUAGUAGUGGUCAAGGAUCACUUCAAAGCACUCCAAGUAUUGCAAGUCUAAAUAAAGGACAAAAUCCAUCUUUAACGAAUAGUGAAGAAGGGCAGCAUACAGUAUCAGCAUCAGUUGAAGAAGAUAAUUUCAUUCUUCUAUGUCAGGUUCCUGAAGAAGACCAAAAUAAACCUGAAACUCCACAACCUCAUCCUUUACCAAUGCCAGAAUUUGGUGGUUAUUAUGCACCACUUACAGAAUUUCUUCCAGACAGUUCUCAACCAGUAACAGGAUUUCAUAGAUGUAAUUUAGCAGUUAUGUUACUUGCUGAUGUUGUUUUAGAUGGGAUUAAUAUUGAUUGGUCUCCUCACGUUCCUUUAAUGUUGCACAUUAUUUUUCUAGGAUUAGAUCACACAAGAUCUUUAGUACAUGAACAUUGUAAGAAACUACUGUUAAAUUUGUUGAUAAUCAUAACACAUCAUAGUGAUAAUUUAACUGUUGCAAAAAUUAUUUUAAAUAAUAAAAUGCAACAGAUGGGAUAUGGUCUUCCACCUCUAUAUCUAACAGUUCAAAAGAACUUCACAGACAUUCAAAAAUUGCCAAAAAGUUCUAGUGUUAACAGUUAUGUAAGUACUGUUACUGUGACUGAAAUGAAUGCACCAGUAGCACACGAUGACAAUUGCUCGGGUGAUACAACAAAGGAAAAUAAAACCGAAUCAAAGUCGGAAUUAACAAGCAAUCAUAAUGUUACAGUUGCAGAAAACAUUAAUUCUCUCAUUGACUUUAUUGCAUCAAAAAUGGGACAUCCUCUUUGGAGUUACGAAGAUAUUACAGCAAAAGUUUGGGUGGUACGAAGUGCUGAGCAACUGUCAUCCUUCUUGCAACAUGUUCUCUUUGUAUUCAAAGAAUCGAUUCCACUGGCUCACAUACAAGAUCGUUGGGCUCAAGUAGCUUUACAGUUAGCUCUUUCUUGUUCUUCUCGGCAUUACGCAGGGCGUUCGUUGCAAAUAUUUCGUGCUUUGAAGGUACCUCUUACUGCCAGAAUGCUUUCGGACAUUUUAUCACGAUUGGUAGAAACUGUAACUGAGCAGGGUGAAGAUAUGCAAGGUUAUGUUACAGAAUUAAUGCUUACUCUUGAAGCUUCAAUAGAUUCUCUUGAUGCAGCAUUUAGAAUAAGUGAUUUUAUGCGAGAAUUUUUCAAAUCUACACCAAAUCUGAACAAAGAAAGUAAUAGAAAAAGUGCACCACCAAUUACAAUCACACAACCAGCUGCAAGUUUAGGUGUAUUUACAGGUGGUUCUGGCCAUGUACGUAGUACAUCCUACUCUAUUUCUUAUCCUGGGAGAAAGAUACCUGAUUCUCCGACUAGCGAGGGACGUGACGUAAGACAUCGUAGUAAUACUGAUAUAGAUUCUCGCAUGAAAGGACACAAUUUAGGACGCUCACGCAGUGCUCAGUCUUUAAAAAUGGCAGAUGAGCAAUAUUCUCAAGAAGAUAAAAUGGCAUUGUUAGCUCAGUUCUUUUGGAUUGCUGUAUCCCUCCUUGAAUCUGAUUAUGAACAUGAAUUCUUACUGGCGAUUAGACUUCUUGAGAAAGUUUUAACUAAAUUACCCAUAGAGCGUACUGAUUGCCAAGAAAAAUUAGAAAAAAUUCAGUUUCAAAUGAAAUGGUCUAAUUUUCCUGGAGUACAUGCUCUCCUUCUUAAAGGAUGUACAUCACCAACUACUUUUGAAUCAACUAUUGAUCUUUUAUCACGAUUAAUACCUUUACUUGACAUUCCUGUCAUAGAUCCUUCAGAAUCAUUAAGUUUUCCAUUUAAUGUGAUGGCGUUACUUCCAUAUUUCCUGCAUAAUUAUGAUGAUCCAAAUGUAUCUUGUGUGAAAAGUGCAGAAAGUAUUGCUCAGGUUUGCAUGGAAAAAUCCAAGAAGCUAGAAAAUCUAGCCACUGUGAUGACACUAUAUAGUCGAAGAUCUUUCAGCAAAGAAAGUUUUCAAUGGACAAAAUGCGUAGUUAAGUAUUUAUACGAUGCAUAUUCACAUGUAUUUUUAAAUUUAAUUUCAUUUUUAGUUGAAAUAUUGGAAAAAGGACCAACCUAUCUGUUACAACACAUUUUAGGAAUCCUACAUUGUAUGCUUCAUUAUCUAGAUGUUGCUUCAUCUGCCCAAGCUAUUAAUACAGAUCUUUUGAGAGUCAUUUCGAGAUAUAUUGAGACAUCUCAGUGGAAAGAUGCUUUAAAGAUAUUGAAACUGAUUGUUACACGUUCCUCCACAUUGGCCGCACCACCUGCAUCGAUGAGCAUUGGCAGUUCUUCGGCAGAUAGUGUGAGCAUUGCAUCAAGUACAUCUUUUGCGGAUUCAGAAUUUGGAACAAAAAGAGAAUUACCAGGUCGUACUAUGGAAUUCACCAUUGAUUUGACACUAACUCCAGUAGUUGGGCAAAGAUUUCAACAAAAAAUGUCAAAUAAAGAUUCGAAUGUUACAACAGAGAAAGAAGAAAGUACAACAGCAUCUCCGAGGAGAAGUUUAUCACAUAAUCACUCAUUUACUGAGAAUGGCUCAGCUUCAAGUUGGAGACGUCCUUGGCUAUCGCAAACCAGAACAAGAGAACAUUUGAUUGGUUUGUUAACAAGCUGUGGUCAACGUGUGGGCUUGCCUAAGAGUCCAUCUGUAAUAUUUAGCCAAAGUAGUGAUAUUAUAGAACACCAAUCAUCUAUGUGCAGUAGUACUGAAGAAAUUUCAGCUACAAAUAAUGACAUGUCUGCUGACAGUAAAUUAGAAGAUACUAUUCAUCCUGAACAGCAAUUUGGAAUAUUUAAAGAUUUUGAUUUUCUUGAAUAUGAAUUAGAAAGUCAAGAAGGUGAAAGUCUAGAUAACUUUAAUUGGGGUGUACGCAGACGUUCUCUCACUAAUUUUGAAGGAUCUGAAGAAACUACAAGACAGAAAAUAGGACUUGCAGUUGGAGGUUCAAAUUUAAGUCCUCGUAAAGAAGAAUCAUCUGAUGACGAAAUGGGAAGUGUGUCUCCUCUUGAUGACAAUCCAGAAUUACCGAGUGGAAACGUUAGUCUUGUAUUUCCUCCAAGCUCACUACCACUGUUAAACCGUGGAAGAAGAUCAUCAAGUCCAGCAUCUGCUUCUACUCAUAGUCUUGCUAGUGAUGGAGAUCUUACUCUAAGUAAUACAUCUCCAAGCUUUUCACCAUUGGCAGCUGUCGUUCAUCUAGCUCCAGUUUCAUUGGACGAUGUCGAAGAUAUUUGGCGAUCGCACAUUCACAGUUUGAUGAAUGAUUCUACUGGAAUUCUUGCUACAAACACAUACCAGAUUCUAACACGACUUUUUAAAGAUACGUUUCGCAAAACUGCAAGACUGACAAGAGAAUGUUGCCAGUUUUUUACAAUGACUGAUUCUCUAAGAAAGAUUGCUUCUCAUUUCUUAACUAUGUUGGAUGUUCUGCUGACCCAGGCUGAAUGUCCAUUUAUUUAUAUAGAUCCAGAAGUUAUAGUAUCUUUCCAAUUGUUAGAAAAGCAUAAAUUCUGUGUUCUAGAAAUUCAAGAGCAUUGGGAAACUUUUCUUGAAAAACAGGAACAUACCAUUGAAUGUAUGGACAGUAUUAAAUCUUUAAUGAAAUUAGAAGCUUUGGGCGAACCCGUUGCAGAGGAAACUGUUGAAGAGCAAAGAGUAGAUCUUUGUCGUUGCUUAUACAAGCUUCACUUUCAACUUUUGUUGUUACUAGAAAGCUAUACAAAACUAUUAUCAUUUUUAAAUGCCAUUUCUUCUCAUUCCCAAGUAUUUGAUUUAUCGCACGAAGUAACGGCUAUAAAAUUAGAACUGAUAAAAGCAGUCGAAGAAACCGAAAGCGAUCGUCUUUCUCCGUCAUCCCAAUUAGAAGUCUCCCGCCACGAUGUGGAGAAUGUACUUCUAGAAUUAAUUCAAGGAAGCAAAUGGGGAAAGGUCAUUAAGCAUUUACAUAGUUACCGAUCUAUGAUACCUGGAUCGAUCCUUGGAAACAGUGAAGAAGACGAUAUAGAAGUCAUUCUUGGAAUUUAUUGCAGACAUAUCUGUGAAAAUAGAACAGGUUAUUUUAUUGUCACACAAGCGGAAUAUAAUUUAUGUAACGUCUGUCAACAACUGAUGGACAUAAGUUUGCAAGUCUCUUCUAUUCUCCACACACUAGAAUUUUCAUCCACACCCGAGAGAAGUCAGUCCGAAACUGGUUUUCAUAGAAGCGAAUGCUAGAAUAUACCGUAGAUGAGUAUAAUUUUUAAAUACUCUCAGAUAUAAUUUUUAGUAGUAAAUAAAUUUUACAUCAGGGUCGAUUACAUUCUAAUUUAUUUUCAAGUAUUUUUUCUCUUGUGUAAAAUGACGGCAG